UAUACUUGGCUGCAAGUGUGAAUUUUAGCUCUUGAGGUCUCUCAUCAAACUCUGUUAGCAAGGAGGUGUUGAUCUUCAGAUACCAAAAAAACAGUGAAAGGGCCCUUGGAAUUUGCCACAUGUAUACUUUUGUGGUAAAAACAUUGUGAUAUUCAUGGGCCAUGGCCAGUACUAGGCAAAAGAGUCAAUGGGGAAGAGCAGGGCUCAAUGAAUUCUUCUGUGCAUCUGUGUGUGCAGAGUGAGGAGAGUACUGCCCAGUGAAUAAUCAAAUCAGUGUCACACUCAAAACUGACCAUCUCAGUCUAAGAAAGAACACUUAGUGCUUAUAAUUGGUUAUUAUUUGCUUCCAUUUCACAUCUGCUGGUGAUGUUUUAUUAACCUUGUAAUCACAUCUCUCAGCCCACAAACCCCGCCAUUUAGAAUGAGAUAUUCCCUUUAUACACAUUCCAAAUUAACCAUUAGAACAUUACACCACUGCCGUAACCUACACUCACCAGCUAGAGAGAGAGGGUGGAGAGACUGAGAGAAGACUAUUGGGGGAGAGAGAGAGAGUAUGAUGCAAUCAAGAUUUCCAUUUUCAAGGCUUGCUUCCCAGGUUUACCUUCAUAGGUCACACCAGAAAAAAGAACAAUAUAUAAUAGGUUUUAGCUUAUACAUUUCACAGAUUUUCAUGCUUGCUUGUUUGGUUUCUAUCAAAUAAAUGGUGUUAGUCUGUGGGUGGAAUCUAUUACUCCUGAUGGUAAGAGAUGCUUCGCUUAAGAGAUGUAAAAGGAAUAUCCAUGAUCAAGUACAAAUCCUGAUCUUUAAUUUUCAUUUGGGUGAUGAUCCAAAUGAAUGGCUCAGAUUGGAUGAAGUACACCAACCUCUGUGUUCCCCACCUAACAGAUAAAGUUGACUCCAAGUAUGUUAUUUAUUAUCUUAUUUAACUAACUCCAUUAAUCUUUUUGCAGUGCAGACAUUGAUGCUUUUUCCUGUUUAAAUAAAUGUGUCUCUGCCACUGGAUUUUUUCUUCCUUUUAUAGGAAUCAAACUAUCAGAAAAAAAGGCUCUGCAGUCUAGGCAGCUAGAGAUUUCUCCUACAUUCCAGAGAUAUAUAGGGUGUAUAGCAGGUUUCUCAGACCCCAAAAAAGGAGCUGUUAUACUGGGCUCAUGGACCACCUCAAAUAGUAAUAUUUUAGACUGAUUUGAGAGAGUAAGAGAGGGUAGAGAGUGGGGGUGGCUUGUGUUGAAAGGUAAGAAAUCAAGGUAAGGAGGGAGGAGGACAGAGAAAAUAGAUUAACCGUAAGGUUUUUUCAAGUGAGUUGUCAAAUGGGAAGGAAACUGGAAUCCCUUGUCUGUGAAGCAAAAUCUCUCUAGCUAGUAAUGCAAGAUCAGAGAAACUAAGAGAAACCCAAGAAAUUUUAGAGGUUGUGCCUUGCUUUUUGGGAAAUGGGAAUGUGUUUUGGUAGCUCCCUCCUUGCUCUUCUUAUACCCAGUAAUUAUGCAUGAUGGCCUCUAAAGUGUGAAUGAUUCAAUCCUCUCUCUCUCUCUCUCUCUCUCUCUCUCUCUCUCUCUCUCGCUCGCUCGCUCGCUCUCUCAGCAAUCAUAAUCACCAUCAUCAUUUGAACCUCUGAAGAAACCAUGAAGAGGAGGUCACUUUGUUGUUUUGUAAUGAUAGUUCUUCAUAUGGUGAAUUUGGUUUCUGCAACAAGCAGGGCUUUGGCACCAGCCACAGGCCCAAGUCCCCAGCCCUUCCAAUUUACCCUGAGUAGCUCAAAACAGGGUAUCAAAGGCAUGGAAGGAGAGGGAGAGAUGAGUGUAGAAGCAUACUACAAGGGGCAGAGCAAAAUAGGGUCAAGGCCACCAAGCUGUGAGAACAAAUGCUAUGGAUGCACCCCAUGUGAAGCCAUUCAAGUGCCCACAACCACCAACCAUCUGGGUGUCCAGUAUGCCAACUAUGAGCCUGAGGGCUGGAAAUGCAAGUGUGGACCCUCCUUCUACAGCCCAUGACCAUCCUCUUGCUUCUCUGUACAAACACUCAUAUUCAAUAUUCAUCUCCAAUGACUAUGAUAUUAGGGCAGAGUUAAAUAUAUGGUUUUGAUGAACGAAUAUGUCUUUUGGGUGCCUAUUGUGAAGAAUUGGAUCACUUUUCAUCA